AUGAGAUCUCGCUGCACGCUCGUGGCGGACCGCACGGACGACGCCGUGCAGAUGCUGCUGGGCUUCAUCGCGCUGUCGUCGCUGUACGCCAAGUGGCACUUCGAGCGGCCGCGGCGGCCCGCCAAGGUCUGGUUCAUGGACGCCAUGAAGCAGGGCACGUCGGCCGCCAUGAUCCACGUCAUGAACAUCCUGUACGCCAUCGGCCUCGUGGACUUCUCCGACACGCCCAGCGACGAGGACCAGUGCGCCUUCUACUUCAUGAACGUGGUGAUCGACACCACGCUCGGCGUGUACAUUGCCUAUUUAUUGCUGCAGCUCUUCACCCUCGUGGCCACCCGGCAGCAGUGGACGAGUCUGCGGUGCCACGGGUACUACGGCUCGCCGCCGUCGUGGCGCGUGUGGUGGAUGCAGCUGCUGCAGUGGUGCGCCAUUCUGACCAUCAUGAAGGUCUUCGUGGGUGGGGUGCUCUACGCCUUCUCGACGCCGCUGGGCUGGGUGGGCUCGCUGCUGUUCUACCCCGUGCACAACCACCCGAAGAUCGAGCUGCUCAUCGUGAUGAUCGGCUGCCCGCUGGUCAUGAACAUGGUGCAGUUCUGGAUCCAGGACAGCUUUCUCAUGGACCACGAGCAGCAGAACAGCGAGGAGCUGCCGCUGCUGGACCCGGCCGCGGAAGCCGCCGCCUCGGUGCAGAAGCAGCGCGGCAUGUCGAACGUCUCGAGCGCGGCCGACAUGUACGAGAUUUUGUAG